CUCUUGCCUGACAAAGCUAGUCAACCUUAAUUGUUUUACGGGUGUUUAUAUCAAGGAAUAACGAAUGCCUCUUGUCUGCAGCUAAAUGAUAACUUGUUAGACCAGCAGCCACAUUUGCACAACAGAAGUGAUUAUCAUUUCCAGUUUUAUUUUGAAAUUUUAGUGUCCUCGUCUUGUUCUUUUGAUUUUAUUGUGUCCAGUCAUUUUGCUUAGGAGCCCUGACAAGCCCAAAUUCAUACUUUCUUUGUCUAAAUAAGAAAAAAAUAAAAAAAAAAUCUCGAAAGAAACGUUCAGCACACUAGCAGACCCCUUAAAAAUCCCAGUCCUCGUCUCCCUUCUGGGCUGCUCCCAUCGUUUAUCUCGGGACGUCGCAGGAAAGCCACAUCACCCUCAUUCCUCAAGGCUUUCCCGUGGCGUCCCUGGAUAAACAAGAGGAGCCCAGUAGGGAAACGAGAACCCAGAUUUUUAAAGGGUGUGCUAGCAUUCUAGGAAUGUUGUUUUGAUUGGCAAUUAUCUCCUUAUGUAUUUUUUUUAUUUUUAGGACAAAAAUUUGAAGUUUGGCCUUUAACUGAUUCAGAGUACUGUUCUUGCUCGUUUAGUUCAAUAAAUAUUUUGGCUGGCACUUUCUGUCUGCUUUUCUGUGAAAAUAAUUCAAACUUUUUUGUGUGUGUUGGUUUCAUGGUUUUCAAGGAGCCUGAGCAGCAUCCGUCGCAAGCCAGUUCGGCAGUUGCAUGGGUGACCCAAAAAAGCCAGUCAGCUAUCAAGCAUCGUCUAAUGUCAACAGAGGUCUCCUCAAGCAAUCGAAUGGAGAAGGAAGGGCUGGUCGGGGCGUUCAAACCCCUCCAAGAACAAGGUGUCGAGGUUGGCACAAUCGUAACUGACCACCACCGUGAGGUAAACGCUUACCAGCGGAUCAACCACCCUGCCAUGCAGCACCGCUUUGAUGCUUGGCACUUUGCAAAAGGUGGGAGCUUGCUUAGUAUCAUUUUUUAUGCUUAGCACGUAUUUUUAAUGCAUCAGAAUUCGAAUAGCAUAUUUUUACUCAAACUCCAGUCUUUUCAAGUCCUUGCAUUUUAUGUGACGAAAAUUGUUUAGGUAUCAAAAAGAACAUAGAUGCAGUUAAAAGGACAAAGGCACAUGAGGUGCUGUGUAAGUGGAAAAGCACCAUCACACGCCACCGUACCAGCGACGGUGAUGGCGACCUUGUCCUUGCCAAGUGGAAGUCCAUCAUGCAGCACGUCAUGGACGUCCACAUCCACAGAGAUCCUCUGCAUCCAACCUGUGCGCAUGGCGACAUCGGACACCGGAAAUGGCUGGAGGAAGGCAAGCCUAGUAGAGGUACCUGCUGCUCCUAUCUGUACCUAAAAAUUCCUCACUUUUGUACAGGCACAGAAACCUUCAGGCAACUGGAGUCUGUACUCAUGCCCGGCCAUCUGCUCAGAGACAUCCCCAGGAUCUCACCUAAGGAGCAGACAUACGCAUUAGAAUCCUUCCAUGGUAUCCUGGUCCAUUUCGCACCAAAGUCGAGCAAAUUCAAGUAUGAGGGAAUGCUGGCACGAACCCAGAUAGCGGACAUCCACUACAACUUCAAUGCAGAGAGGGCCAUAAAGCUGACAGCGGAUGGCGAGGAACAGUAUGCCCAGCGUUGGUCGAAGGCAGACAAGCAGUGGAGGUUGAUCGUCCUGAAAAAGGCAGCAGCAUACGGUAAGAACGCUUGGAGUAAUGUAAUUAAUAUCAGAAAAAUUGAGAUCAUGGGGUUAUCGCAAACCAUAUAUGGAGAUAGUUGAGAGCACUAAAUCAUAAACUUGCCUCAAUUGCCUUGUUUGUUCCAGGCUAUGUCAGCAAGCUAAUUGAUGCUGUCCUGGCCUGCGUGGCACACUGGCCUACCUACGAGUUGGCGGCACAAGCACAAGCUGCGCAACGCGUCGUGCAUGCAACCCUCGCAGACAGGUGUGGACCACGACCAAGCAAGGGAGAGCCAGUGAAACGCCACCGUUCAAAGAUUUCCGUGUGAUCAUUUCGUGUCACGAGCUUUUCCUCGUGUUGUAUUCACGUAGGCCUGGUGUGUAUUCCUCCUGCGUCAAUUCUGUGUCCGAAGAACUUGGCUUUGCGAACUGCAAACUGACAUUUUUUCUUUCUUCAGCCAAAGGCCUGCGUCUUUGAGUUGGGACAGUACUUGGUCCAGACGUGCAGCAUGUUGUUUACAACUAUCUCCACUCACAAUGAUAUCGUCAAAGUAGAUACUUAUGCCCUGAAUAUGUCAGCCAAGGUUGUUUCCAUUGUACGCUGAGAAAUUGCGGGUGCCGCUGAUAUCUCGAAAGGCAGGCAUUUCACCUUGUACAAGCCCUUUAUGGUGUUGAUAGUCAAGACAGCUGCUGUGGCUUCAGACAAUUUCAAUUGUUGGUAGGCUUGGCACAGGUCCAACGUCAAGAAAAUGGUGCCCCCUCUCAGAUUCGCCACAACUUCUGUAGUUGGUAGUGAGUAGGCUGCCUUGUCUGUAGCGGAGUUGACAGUCGGCUUCCAGCAGUGUUUCGACAUAGGAUUUAACUUUUUGUUUAAAGUGUUUAAAAGGACAUUUCUCUGGAUUUAGUCAACUAUGUAUAAAAUGUGCAUAAAAGGAAGCUGAUUAUGUUCAGAAUAAAUGUUUGUAAUUUGCAGUCUGGUAAUAUUUUUUUGCUUUGUAAAUGGCAUUGAUUGACUUGUAUAUGCAUUGACAAGACACUUCUGUGGCACUGAUUAUAGCUUCUGCUAUAAAUAACCGUGUAAUCGAACUGAAAUAAACGUAAGCAAUAAACUUG